AUGCUCAUAAUUGGGUUGACAGGCUCAAUAGCCACUGGCAAAUCCACAGUAUCCACGAUCCUCUCAUCACAACCUUACAACCUCCCUAUCAUCGAUGCCGAUAUCCUAGCCCGCAAAGUUGUCGAACCAGGCACAGCAGGCUACAAUGAAAUCGUCAACUACUUCGGUCCUAAUACCCCCAAUCUCCUUCUCGAUGACCCUGCAACAAAUACACCACAAGGUCAACCCCUUAACAGACCCGCGCUAGGCCGGCGCGUCUUCGGCUCAACGGAAGAGCGCAAACGCGAUCGCCAGGUUCUAAAUGGCAUUAUUCACCCCGCGGUACGAUGGGAAGUCUAUAAGGCUCUUAUUUACCACUACCUACGUGGUCAAUGGGCUGUCGUACUAGAUGUCCCUCUUCUCUUCGAAAGUGGCAUGGAUCUUAUCUGUGGAACUGUUAUCGUCGUCGGUGUUCAUGACCCCGCUGUUCAAAUGUCCCGACUCCGAGCUCGCGAUGCACAUCUUACCGCGGAAGAUGCGGAGAAUCGUGUCCGUUCCCAGGGUGAUAUAAGGGUCAAGGCGGCACAGGCCGAGUUCCGUGGAACGGCUUCGGGGCGUGGCGUUGUGGUUUGGAAUGAUGCUGAUAGGAGUGAGUUGGAGCGUGCGGUUAAAGAUGCUAUGUCUAGUAUCAGGGCGACUAGUCCACGUUGGUGGGCUUGGGCUUUACUUAUUGCGCCACCGGUUGGAUUUGGGGUCGCGGCGUGGAAUUUGGUCGUUAAUUUCGCGACGCAGAAGGGUUGGGAGAGGAAGAAGAAUGAGGAGAAGGCGAAAUUGUAG